GGUCCAAGCCCGCGGCGCACUUCCGCCCGCGCCGGCGCCGCCCCGUGGACGGCUGGGCCUUGCCGCGGGCCUGCGCCUCCCUCGGCUCCUGCCGCGGGCCUCGGGGAGUGGGGUGGAAGAUGUCUAUGGAUGUGACAUUUCUGGGUACGGGUGCAGCAUACCCUUCCCCAACCCGGGGUGCCUCUGCUCUGGUCCUUCGGUGUGAGGGCGAGUGCUGGCUCUUUGACUGUGGGGAGGGGACACAGACACAGCUUAUGAAAAGCCAACUUAAAGCAGGGAGAAUUACCAAGAUCUUCAUCACACAUCUUCAUGGAGACCAUUUCUUUGGCCUUCCUGGCCUCCUUUGCACAAUCAGCUUGCAGAGUGGCUCUGUGGUCACCAAACAGCCUAUUGAAAUCUAUGGCCCUGCUGGGCUUCGAGACUUUAUCUGGAGAACCAUGGAACUCUCUCACACAGAGUUGGUCUUCCCCUAUGUGGUCCACGAGCUGGUGCCUACAGCAGAUCAGUGUCCUCCCGAAGAACUAAAAGAAUUUAUGCACGUGAAUAAAACAGACAGCCAUCCCAAAGAGGGACAAGGAAGAACUAUCCUUUUAGACUCAGAAGAAAACUCAUACCUUUUGGUUGAUGACGAACAGUUUGUUGUAAAAGCAUUUCGCCUCUUUCACCGAAUUCCCUCCUUUGGGUUUUCAGUUGUGGAGAAGAAACGCCCAGGUAAACUCAAUGCACAGAAACUCAAAGACCUCGGUGUGCCACCAGGUCCUGCCUAUGGGAAGCUGAAAAAUGGAAUUUCUGUUGUUCUGGAAAAUGGAGUUACAAUUUCUCCCCAAGAUGUCUUAAAAAAGCCUAUUGUUGGAAGAAAAAUCUGCAUUUUGGGUGACUGUUCUGGGGUUGUGGGUGAUGGAGGAGUGAAGCUGUGCUUCGAGGCAGACCUGUUGAUCCAUGAAGCAACCCUAGAUGACACGCAGAUGGACAAAGCGAAGGAGCACGGCCACAGCACACCACAGAUGGCAGCCACGUUUGCAAAGUUGUGCCAGGCGAAGAGGCUAGUUCUGACUCACUUCAGUCAGAGGUACAAACCAGUUGCCUUGGCCAGAGAAGGAGAAACAGAUGGGAUUAUAGAACUAAAAAAGCAAGCUGAAUCAGUGUUAGAUCUCCAAGAAGUGACUCUAGCUGAAGACUUUAUGGUGAUUGGCAUUCCAAUCAAGAAAUGAACCCGGUAUUCCAGAAUGCAUCCUGACAUGUCUGUGAAUAUGUUACUGAACCAGCAGUCAAGUUGGUUGUUGUGGUGGUGGUGGUUGUGGUUGGUGUUUUGGUCUAAGAUUAUUUGGGUCCUAAUAAUCCUAAAAAGGAUAGAGCUGCAUUGCUGAACUGACUCAGCAGCGAGAAAGACCAAGCUUUUUGAUAAUAAAUCAUUUUAAAAAGAAAGAAAAAAACAGCACCUUUCUUAAAGACCAAAUUUGACAAAAUUCAGGUAUACUUUUUGUUUUGUGGUUGCUGCCUCAGAUAUAAGCCAGUACCCGCAUGCAGUUCUGGGCUUGCUUCUGCCCAGUUUUAUUGGUGAUGUUGGCAAAGUACAGAGAGCUCAGCCCUCUUGGCUAAAAAUGGUGUUUUAGCAGUUUGUUGAAUCUGUCCAUGUUAUUAACAGAAUAGAGAAAAAUGUAAUGAGACAUUAUACAUGCAGGAUUGAAGCUAGCGUAUUAAAUCACAAUUUGUUUGCUGGAAUACUGAAUGCAGGGUCAAGGUAGGUGUUUAUCCUUCAGUUAAUGGUUUUUUUUGGAACUUUCUGGUUUGUUCUAAACCUGUGGGUCUCAGCAGGGGGUGAUACCAUUCCCCUAGAAAUUAUGGGGGUGUUUCUUGUCAAAAUGAUGGAGUGGGGGCUGGAGAAGAGUAUCAUUAAAAUUUAGUCAAAGGGGCCAGGGGUGCUAGAUCCUACAAUGGUGGGGUCAGUCUUGUACAAUGAAAAAUGAUCUCACCCCAAGAUGCAAAUUGCAGGCCUAUUGAAAUACACAGCAAGUUAAAAAUUAUACUCCCAGUGUGAAUAUGCUUUAUCAAAAUUAAUUACAUGAAUUGAACUGGUUAAGUCAAAUUCUUGAAACAAACAUUAGAGAAUUAGCUAAGGAGAUGUUGGGGUUGUAAUACCAUGUCAGAUAUUUGACAGAAAUGAGCCAUGAACUAUAACUUAGGAAUCUGGAGGUAAAGAAAUUGUAUCUUUUAAGCUGAGAUUUAAUUUAUGUGUCCCUAUGAAUAAUUCUUUGAGCUCAGUUUUAAUAACCUAGCUUUUCCUUCUGAGCUGCCUUCUACCUCCCUCUGUCUGCCGUGGGUUAUCUCUGACUCAUUUGACCCACAGUAUUUCUCAAAAUGGAAAGCUAGUCUCAAGCACAGAUUCAUUCAAAAGGAUUUCCUUAUCACAGUUUGGGAAACGCUUUACGUUGUGUGUCCCUCUGGAGGCGUUCUCGUGCCCAUCAGUAUCAUAAGAACAGUACUGCUUGAAUGAUCACAAACCUGUCUUUGGUGCCACAAAGACUUGAUUUCAGAGUCCCGUUCUGUACCUUGUGGUCUGGUGCAGAUUGCAUCGUGUUUGUGACCUUUAGCUUGCUCGUUUCUAAAAUGGAAAAACUAAUAAAACUGACUGUGUAGGAUCGCUGUGAAGAUUAAGACAGUGCAUAAAAGGAACAUCACAUAUGGCUUACAGGUGCUGAGAAGUCCUGCUGUAGAUGGGCCUGUCAACUGUUUUGAACCCCUUUCUCAGUACUGUUCCACCACAUGCUAUCGGUUAACCUUUCAGGAACCUUGAGAGUUUUAUAACAGACACAUUUAGAAAUUCUAUCAUGGUAUAUACUGUUAAAUUCUUUUGGGUUCUGGGGCUUCUCUCAUAAAAACUUUUGACUCCUGGGUGGUUCUAGAGUCUCUAGAGUAGUGAUAAUCAAGAUGGGUCUCAUUACUCAAGAUCUCAGUCAUUCUGAAGCAGUUUCCAGAAUGGUCUGAUUCUACCCUACUCUAGGCUCUUGGGCCACCAAAGUUUGACUAGCUUAAAAUGUAUCUUGGUUUCUGAACUCAAUUUUAAAAAGUAUUUAUUAGACGCCUACUGUGUGCCCAGACCUAUACAUCUGGGAAUGGCUGGCUGGUAGUCCUACUGUAUGGAGCUCUUAAGGGUAAAGACUAUCUUAGUCUCCUCUGCGUUCUUGGAAUUACCGACUCAUAAUAAGCCCUCAGAAAUGUUUAUUGAAUGAAAUGAGGCCUGAUAUAUGACUGCAUAAACUUUAGGACCUAAAGUUUAGGACUUGUGCCUAGCCCAUUUCAUUACUGCAUUUGUCCAAAAAACUUUGACCACCUGUUUGGUGGUGCUCUGUUCAACUGAGUACCAGCUAAGUGCCAGUGCCAGGUUUUACUGUGUUGGGACUACGUAAGUGAAUAUAAGACAAAAAUUUGAGGCUCACUGUCUAGGUGGUAGAUACAGAUAGUAAAA